UACCAUCAAGUGCUCUCUAAGAUUUAUAAAUAUCUUCUUUUUAAGUGUUUCGAUUAAAAAACUACCAAUUUUUUUUUAGGAAAACUACAAACGAAUAAAGAUAAAAAUGGUAUCAAAAGGCACACUUUUCGGCAGUUUGUUCACAAAAACCUUACAAGCUCAAAAGCGAGUGGUUUCUACAUCCGCCACAAACCGGCAGGCGAACGACAUAACAGAAGUAACACCAAUCACAGGUCCAUUCCAAAAAGUGUUAGACAACAUAAACCGAAUAAGAAACCCAAAAUCAACUCACCAGGCACCAAAUAUACCAACUUCAGCGGAGACAGCCAAACCGUUCGAGAAAAUCCCCGGACCAAAAAGAAUUCCAAUCAUAGGCACGUUGUUAGAUUACACAAAGAAAGACGGAUAUCGCUUCGACAAACUGUUUGAGGCAUUUACAGAAAGAUCUCUUCAAUAUGGACCUGUAUUUAAAGAACAAAUAGCUAAUAUGACAACAGUUGUUAUCACAGACCCUUCUGAGUACAACAAGGUCAUACGAGCAGAGGGAAAGUAUCCAAAACGACGUGUUCUUGAUCCAUGGUUCGUGUAUCGUGAGAAGAACAAGAUGGGACAAGGCCUUGUAAACGCCCAAGGUUCUGAGUGGCACAAGUACCGGAGUGCCACCUCCAAGAAAAUGCUGAAGAUGAAGGAGGUGUUGGACUAUUGUGCAAGCAUGGACAAAGUAGCAGACGACUUCAUUAUACACCUCUCCAAUCUUAGAAAUCAACACAAUGAAGUUGUUGGCAUUGAUAAAGAAUGUUUUAAAUGGGCCAUGGAAUCUAUUGGUACCUUUCUCUUCGAAUCCAGAUUAGGCUGUUUUGGACCAAAUCCUCCGACCCAGGCUCUAGAAUUCAUAGAGCACCUGCAAGGCCUAUUUCAUUAUAUGCAAAUACUCUUGUAUAGUUUUCCAAUUUACAAGAUAAUUCCCACAAAACCAUGGAAAAAAUAUGAAAAUCACUGCGACAACGUAUUUCGAAUUGGCAGAUCGUAUAUAGACAGGAAAGCGGCUGAAAUCCAAAAGAACCCCACCAAGGAUGGUGAAAAGUCUUCUUUUAUAGAGUAUAUCAUAAAUCAGGAAUCGCUGUCAGAGGGAGAAGCCUUAUCCACUUGUGCUGAUAUCCUUGUGGGUGCCACGGAAACGACCUCCAGUGGUACUCUUUGGGUCUUGUACUGUCUAGCCAAAAACCCAAAAGUCCAAGAGAAAUUAUACGAAGAAGCAAAAAGAGUUUUAUACAACAACGAAGCAAUUACUCCUGAGAAACUUUCUCAACUGCAUUACGUCAAGGCAGUCAUUAAGGAAACGUUUAGAUUAUAUCCUCUCACCUUCAUCACAAGCAGGUACUUGGAAAAGGACCUAGAGGUUGGAGGUUACUCCCUCCCAGCUGGGACCCAUGUACACGCCAACCUGUAUGGCAUGUUUCGAGACAGCAAAUUCUAUCCAGACCCAGAAACCUUCAAACCCGAACGUUGGUUGAAGGAAAGUCACAUGGAUAAGGAACUGAAAGCACUCUCGAACCUCGUCUGGGGACACGGUGCCCGAAUGUGCAUAGGGCGAAGAUUUGCAGAACAAGAGAUGUACAUUGUUUUGACAAAGAUUGUACAGAACUUUAAGAUUGAAUACAACCAUGGAACAGUAGAGCCCGUGUUGAAUAUAGUGAUGAACUCUGAUCGUCCUUUUCUAUUUUCGUUUAUUCCAAGGAACUGAGAAAGUCUACCAAUCUACGUCACCAGUGACAAUAUUGACAAGAGCAAUAAUACUAAUCAUGCUUUCAAACAAAGUGCAUCAUCACCAGUGUUAUUUUAUAUUUAAUAUUAACCUCACUCUGAAAAUUAAUUUUGAGUUGUGGACCACUAUAUACACCUCACACUGAUCAUUCUGGCAGUAGCCCUUAAUACAGAGUUGAUAAUAUGGAUUGUUAUAUAUCAACGCAUGUAUUAACAUUUCGGUAAAAGUCCCCAAGAUAAACUUCAUACAGAUCAUUUUUUGUUAAUGGUCCUCAAUACAAACUUCAUAUUGAUUAUUUGGGUUGUGGACCUCCAUAUCAACAUAACUUCGAACAUUUCAUUUUGAGUUGUGAACCUCAAUAUAAAUCCUAAACUGAACAUUUGAGUUGUGGACCUCAAUAUAAAUUCUAAACUGAACAUUUGAGUAGUGGAUCCCAUACAAAACAAACACUUCACAUUUGUUAUGAAUUUCCUUAAUGUGAGGAUUGUAUUGAAGUCCACUACCCAAGCGUGUAAAUGUGAGGUUUGUAUUGAAGUCCACUACCCAAACGUGUAAUGUGAGGUUUGUAUUGAAGUCCACUACCCAAACGUGUACUGUGAGGUUUGUAUUGAAGUCCACUACCCAAACAUGUAAUGCGAGGUUUGUAUUGAAGUCCACUACCCGAACGUGUAAAUGUGAGGUUUGUAUUGAAGUCCACUACCCAAACGCGUAAAUGUGAGGUUUGUAUUUAAGUCCACUACCCAAACGUGUAAUGUGAGGUUUGUAUUGAAGUCCACUACCUAAAUGUGUAAUGUGAGGUUUGUAUUGAAGUCCACUUCCCAAACGUGUAAUGUGAAGUUUGUAUUGAAGUCCACUACCCAAACAUGUAAUGCGAGGUUUGUAUUGAAGUCCACUACCCAAACGUGUAAACGUGAGGUUUGUAUUGAAGUCCACUACCCAAACGUGUAAUGUGAGGUUUGUAUUGAAGUCCACUACCCAAACGUGUAAUGUGAGGUUUGUAUUGAAGUCCACAAAUCAGUGUGCAAAAGUAUCAACUGUUCACGACAGGCUUUGUUGACGAUAUCGCAAUGGAUUGAUUAGUCUGAAAGUAUAAAUAAACUAAAAGGUGCAACCAAAUAUAUGUUUUAUGUGUUUUAAGUUACAUGUACUAUAAAUAAAACAAAACCGGAAUAUUUCAAUA